AUUUGUUGUUUUCUGUUGAAGGUUUCUUGCUCCAGAAAGCGAAUAUGGAUUUAAUAUCCUUGCUAAAUUCAGGACAACAUAUAGAGCUUAAAUCAGAGGAAGAGAUUCUCAAUGAGCUCCGAGAAGAUCACCACAUUGACGAUAAUCAUCCAGGUUCCUCGAGCCUUCAGCAAAAGGCGAAGUGUGGCCGUGUCCUGAUAUCAACUGGUGGAAUAUAUAGCAUAGUGUGCGAUGCUUGCAAUGACUACUUCGAUGGAAUGGAUUCAUUUAGCAAUCAUUUGAAGACUUUCCAUUCGGACUAUGGCAUACGAAAAGAUGGCUGGAUUAAGGUUGCUAUUACCGAGGAGCCAACUUUUAAAACUGAGGAAAUCGAUGAUCAAGAAUGCCUCGCAGCUAGCAUCUCUGUCUGCAGAAUUCCAGAAUACUCAAUGUCUAAGAAAUCUGCAGACGAUGUUCCGAAAAAUACUGUCACUAGGAAGGAUCCGGGAAAGGUGGCACAACAGGGUUCCAGCGGAAGCUCGAAAAUUCCAAGAAAACCAACUGGAAUAAUUACCGACGAACCAAUAUAUGACGGAAAAAGGUUAUUUUGUAUCACAUGCGACCGUCAGUUAAAUUCGAAGAAGAGUUUCUUGCGGCAUAAAUACUAUCAUAAGGAGCGGAUCUGCGAACAAGGAAUGGCAAUUUCAGAUCGCGACAGUCAGGAAGAUGUUUCGGCUGAAGCCAUAGUAAAGACUGAAUUAGAUUUUGGUGACUACGAAAUUCAGAAUCCAGCUCUGCCAACAGUGUACAAUGAAGGAAGCAUUGAAAUCAGCGACACCGAUGACAAUACGGAGCCAGGACAUGCAGAUUCAAAUGAUUCGCCAGAUCUACAUUUUCAGAGUCAAGGCAGUUUGUCAGAGAAUAUUUUCGGUAAAAUUCAAAACAAGACUAACUCAACAUACAGAACCAAUUUGACACAGGGGCAGACUAGUGCAAAAGAAAGGACAUUAAACGCAACUUUUUCUAGAAGCGGAGACAAUUUUAACCGAAAGAUUGAACUUAUUAAAUCUGACAUGAAUCCUUCAAGGGCAUCAGUUCAGUUGGGAGGUGCUACGAAAAAUGAGAAAAUGAGACGAAUUAAAACGGUCUUUUCCAAAACACCUACUUUCGAUGAUAAGAAAAACUUUUGCAUCACCUGCAACCGUAAAUUUGCCUCAAGGCGCAGUUUCAAUUCGCAUAAAUAUUUGCAUAGAAGACUAAUUCGUGUAAAACAAAUCCGAUUUUGCUGCGAAUUUUGCCCCAAAAGAUUUAAAUUAGAUUUUGGCUUAAGAGAGCACAUUGUGGCCAAUCACGGAGAUGAGAUUCCAAAGUUCCUACAAGACAAUCCAACAAACCUUGAAUGUCGUUUUUGUUUUAAACAAUUUGAAGAACUAACGCAACGUUACCAACACGAACAAAGUCACGGUGGAGAAAAGAGGCCAUAUCGAUGCUCGUUAUGCGUGAAUUCGUUCUCGAAUCACUUGAAGCGUAAAAUUCACAAAUUAAUUCAUAGAAAAGAUGGCUGGAACCCAAAAAAGCAAGUAAGAUUCAUGUUUUCUGAGAAUCCGAAAUUCAAUGAUAAGAAACGCUUUUGCAUAACAUGCAAUUGUGGAUUUGCUACGAAAAGCAGUCUAGAUAGGCACAAACAAGAGCAUAGAAUGAGGAUUCGUAAAGGACAAGGCAUUGUUCCGAAAGCCAGAGCUCUUUGCGCCAGUGAAGAUGCGGAAGAAAUGAAAUUACAUUCGAAUAAUUCAAUGGAUUCCUAUUGUUUUUCUGAGGAUUCUUCACAGACAAGCUGCGGGGAGAUGCAAAGCAAAAUCGCUGCAAUAGCUGAUACUCAUAUUAAAGAUGAAAUGGCUUCUCCAGAUGAGUACACCUCAUCUUCCGACGAGAGCGAUGAACAAUAUGCUUACAUGGCCUCAAUCGUCUUCACAUUGGAGCCGGAAUUUAACGAAGAAAAAAUGUUUUGUAUCACCUGCAAUUGUCAACUGGAUUCCAAGGAAGCUUUUAGGGCUCAUAAAGAAGGACAUAAAGCAAAAAUUCGAAAGUGGAAAGUCAACCAAGGAAUGCUUCCGAAAGCUACAAUUUCGUGUGAAUUUUGCCCAGAUCAAUUCGGAUCAGAACUUGGUUUAAGAAAACACGCUGCAAGGCACCACGGAGAUAUGAUUCCUACACAUUUCAAGGACGAUCCAACGUAUCUUAAGUGCCGGUUCUGCCACAAGCAAUUUGAGAAACCAACAGAGCGUUACGCGCACGAGAAAAGCCACGCUGGGGAAGAGAAGCAGUAUAAGUGUCCCUUGUGUCCCAAAUCUUUCAAGGACCAAUUCCAACGCAGAAUCCACGAAUCACUUCAUAGAAAGAACGGUUGGAAACCGAAUGAACACGUAAGAAUGGUGUUUUCUGAAAAUCCCCAAUUUGAUGAUGAGAAAUGCUUUUGUAUAACAUGCAACCGUCAAUUUGGCUCCAAGGAUAGUCUUCGUCGUCACAAGCGAACACAUCUAAUAAAGAUUCAUUUGAAACAAGGCAUUCGGGCAAAAGUCGCAACCUAUUGCGAAUUUUGCACGCGACAAUUUAAAUCAGAAAGUGGUUUGCGACAGCAUCUCCUAGCGCAUCACGGAGAUAAGAUCCCGUCAUCCCUCAAGGACGAUCCAACGUACCUUCAAUGUAAGUUUUGUUUUAAGCAAUUCGACAAACCAACAGAACGUUAUCGACACGAGAAAAACCAUCCUAAAGUGGAAAUGCCAUAUCAAUGUCCACUAUGCCCACAAUUGUUCACGACCCUGUGCAAUCGCAAAUAUCAUGAAUUAACUCAUAAAGGGGACGGAGAGCAACCAAAGGAGCAAACAAGCUUCGUUUUUUCAGAGAAUCCCAAGUUCGAUGACAAGAAAUGCUUUUGCAUAACAUGCAAUCGUAAGUUUGUCUCUAAAGAAAGUCUUUAUCGACACAAGCGCGCACAUAAAAUGAAGAUUCGUUUAAAACAGGACACUGAGCCGCCGAAAGUUACAACUUAUUGUGAAUUUUGCAGCAGAUAUUUUAAAUCAGAAGACGGUUUGCGGCGGCAUCUCGUAACGCAUCACGGAGACAAGAUUCCGUCGUCCUUCAAGGACGAUCCAACUUAUCUUCAAUGCAAAUUUUGUUUUAAACAGUUUGAUAAACCAACAGACCGUCACCGACACGAGGAAAGCCACCCUAGAAAAGAGAGACCCUAUAAAUGCCCACAAUGCCCGCAGUUUUUCACGACCCUCUCCAACCGCAAAUCUCAUGAAGUAACUCAUAAAGGAGACGGGCGAAAGCCAGCGCAGCCAAUAAGCAUUGUUUAUUCUGAAAAUCCUGAAUUCGAUGAUGAAAAAAUCUUUUGUAUAACAUGCAAUCGCGGAUUUGCCUCUAAAGUCAGUUUUUACAAUCACAAACAAAAGCAUCGAAUUGGGAUUCGUAAAAAACAAGGCAUUCUACCGAAAGCCUCAUUUCGUUGUGAAUUGUGUUCUAAAAAAUUUAUGUCAGAUCUUGGUUUGAGACAGCAUAUUGUCCAGCAUCAUGGCGACACGAUCCCAGCGUCCUUCAAAGACGAUCCAACAUACCUUAAGUGUCGGUUUUGUCACAAGCAAUUUGAAAAACCAACAGACAGAUACAGCCAUGAAAAAAUUCACGCAAACGAAGAGAAACCGUAUAAAUGCUCAACGUGUUCAAAGGUUUUCGGAAGGAGCACGGAACGCAAGACUCAUGAAACAGUUCAUUCCAAAGCUCGUCCAUUUCGAUGUACUCAAUGUCCUAAUUCUUAUAAAAUACUGUCUAGUCUUAAUCGACAUAUUCAAACUGUCCAUUCUGAUUAAAAACCAAUUCGAUGUAAAACUUCCGGGAACUAAGGUCCUGUAGACUUUGUCAUAAAAUUGUUGCAAUCCCAUGAACUAAGGACAAACUCUGAGGAAGGGGAAUUCGAAUUUAACGCAUCUGUUGGUGUCAAUGAACAACUUUCUAGCCAGAGGAGCUGCCUCUGUUCAGUUAGAAUGAGCCACUAAUGAGACAAUAUCCUUAUCCGAAGAGCUGAGAAAAGAAAAUGAAGAAUUGCGAAAAAAAGGGAAUCGAAGUGUACACCUUAAACCAUGAAACGGUCAUAGUAGAUAGCAGACUAUGUUCGGUAAGAUAGAGUGCAUGCAUUGAACUAUGAAAAAGUGCUGGAGUGAAAUUCCAAAAAUCCUUUAAAAAAGCAUCACAUUUCAAUCCCACUCGUAUUCUUUAACCGAUCUACAUUUCAUUCUACAAACUCAUCAGUUCCUCGCGUGUCCUUUAACCGCUGCGUGGAUCCGCACCGAAAACUGAAAAACAAACAAAGGAAUAUGGCGCGGACCUACCAGAGUAAAGCGCUUGAAGCUAAAACUUCUAAAGAAAAAAAUACAACGCCGUAAAAUUCAGACCUCAAAUGUUGCGAUCGAGAGGGAAGAUCCACGGCGGACCAUCUCCUUGAUUAAUCCUUCUCUUGCGUCAAAUGUUCGUGACCCUCGGGAUUUCCACUCGUCCUUGGCAACCUCAGUCUAUAAAGCUGGAGGAGGGCCAUUUUAUUAGUAUGAGUUCGCGGUAUUUAUUGGGGAGAAGGGGAAGAGCGAGUCCUCAAAUCACGGAUUAAAAUUGACUUUAUGUCAAUUUAAUCCAAUAAUAUUAAGCAAGAAUAAAAUAAAAAUUAAAAAAUUAGAAAAAAAAACACAAAACAAAAACAAAAUACAUUAAAAUUAUA